CGUCGAGGAGAGAAGUUAGGUUGACAAAAAAAUGGUAAGCAGCAGAAGGUUAGCUACGAGUUACAGCCGAACUGGAGUGUUUUUGAUCUUUUGAGUGGAUUUUAACGGGCUACGCGGCGAAGGAGAGGAGCGCGGAGGGUCGACGGUGCUUCUGUUGACGAUCUGUUGUGUUUUUGGCGGGGUUUUUUUAGAUGCUGGAGAAUAGAGAGAGAGCGCGAUAGUGAGAGAGUAAGUGAGGGAGAUAGGGAGCAAGUGAACAAGGGAUCAAGUGAACGAGGGAGCAAGGGAGCGAGUGUGAGCGCGGAGGUCGUCGGGCUGGCGAUGCUUACGACGGUGCUCUGUAUGGAUGCAUGUAGUUAGCAGCUAGCUAACCUAGCUAGUUUAUUUAUUAGUUAGCUAGUUAGCUAGCGAGUUAACUAGCUAACAAAAAAAGACAAGAGCUGGACUUGGACACAGACGCACUUCUUCACUUAAACACGAGGAUUAUGUGCUGUUUUGCUUGUUGUGUAGAUGGAUAAACGCAAGCGUUAACCUGGAUAAAAAACGUAACGCUAGCUAUCCACAGACGCAUUUACGCACACUGAAAGACAGAGAGACACAGCACGCGGCUGAUGUAAUUGAAGCUGACAGAAAAAAACAGGCGGCCAGCACGAGCUUCAAUCUCUAACGUAUUUGGUUGUUGUGUUUCAGCCUCGCCUGGUGGAGUUAAAAGUGCUAAGCUAGCUAAAGCAGGAGCUCUCUAACUUAUAUUGAUAAAGUAAUACAAUACACGAGACGUUUCAUCCAUCUGCUAAAGCUGGAGAUGCAGCUUUAGUCCCACGCCUUUUGGUGUGGUUGCUGGGGAAACCUCUAACCCAGCUAACUAGCUAUUCUAGCUAACUAGCUAGCUAAACUGGCUAAUCUCAGUUUAACUUAUUACUCAUCUAGUUAGCUAGCUAGUUAAGUAGCCAGCACGUGUCUUUUUCACAUCUGUGCUGCUCUAGUCUGUAACUAGCUAAGCUAACUUUUAAUAGGUUAGGUUACUCAGCUAAGUUAACUAGCUAACUUUAGUUACCCCACCAGCCUUGGUUAGCUUAGGGUUCUUAGAGCAAAGUGUGCAGACCUAACCUAGCGUUAGCCUCUUAACUUACAGCUGACUUGUAUCAGGUGUGCUUUAGUAGAACCAAACACAAACAAUUUAGGUAAGAUAUAUAUCUAGCUAAAUAGAAGAAUCUGCCCCUUCAGGAUUGGAGUUUUUGCUCAGCCUUGAACUAGAACAUAGUGAACAUAGUAAACAUAGUUAACAUGUUCAUUUAAAGGGUCCUGCAGCUGCUUCCUAGCUGCUAAAACCACUACUACUAUUAAAACGUUCUAACAUAGAUUUUCUGAGUCUUGCUACGAUGCUACAAUGGGACAGUGCUGAGGAGCAUCGUGGUCUCCAGAGCAAAUGGAAAGUGCAGAGCAGCAUCAUUGGAAGUGGGUCUGCCUGCUCAAAGCUGUUGAUUAUUAGGUAGAUGUGGAUUAUUUUUUAGCUAAAACUCUCCUAAAACAACAACCACAACGAGGAGCUCGUCCUCUGGAUAGCAGAGCCUGCAUGAACAGCUUUGCUUUGAAUCUAGGAUUAAUCUGCUGCACUUUUACUGAACUUCUAGACUCUCUAAUAAACUGGACUUUUUGCUGCAGGAUUAUGGGACGUUGUUUGGGAGCAUCCCUGUUUUGUUUUUCUUAGCCUGUGAUCUACCCUGUGUUGUUGGAUCCUGAUGUCCCCUCCCCUGAUCUCUCUGUGGAAUCGAAUAUAGACCAAGUUACUUUGCUUUAAAGGAUAAAGGCUUAAAUAAGGAAGCCGGUGGAGGAGAAAUAUGGCCGGUGAGUGCACAUAUAACCCGCAGUGUACCGGCGAUGACACUUUGUGCACUGGGAAACACACCGCGGGUUACCUCAAUGGCGUCCACGCCGCCAAAAGCUACUCUUCUUCCUCAUCCUCAUCAUCCUCCUCCUUCUCUUCACCCUUGUUCGAGAGCAUUGGCGGCUCCAUGUACCGUAAAAAGUUGGAGAAGGGCUGCGUGCACUACCGCGAGGUUCUGGCUGAGGACAAGAGGCUCAAGUCCAUAGAGGCUUUUCACUCCAGGACCAAUGGAAAGCCUCACCACACCCUGGAGGACACCUACAGAUUGGUAGCUGAGCAUUACUGGUGGGAAGGGAUGUACUUUCAGGUCCGGGACUUUGUUUUAAGCUGUGAUGAAUGCCACCUAUCCCUGACUAAAAGAGCAGAGCGUUUGGACGCAGGGAACAUCUCUAGGAUGGUGAGAUCACACAGCCAUGAAGUUCUCAGCAAGCUCAACAGCCAACGAGAGGCAGGGAUGUUUUGUGACAUCACACUGAAAACAGGCAAUGGCCACUCAUUUGUUGCCCACAAGGCAGUUUUGGCAGCUGUAAGCGAGUAUUUCCAGGAGUUAUUUACUGAAAUGGACUCUGCCACUGACCCUCAGCCUCAGGUUGACCUCACAGGUUUCAGUGAGGAGAGCUUGCUGUCUUUGCUUGAGUACUGCUAUACUUCCACACUGACUCUGACCCUGGACACUCUGACGGAAGUAGCUACAAUGGCUCGCCACCUCCGUAUGUGGCAUGCUUUGGAAGUCUGUUCUGUUAUCCAAAGGGAGCAAGAACCUGGCCAUCAGAGCUCCAAAGCACAGAAGCUCCAAACGCACUCAGAAAUGCCAGGAUCUUCCUCAGUGAACAACUUGAGAGACAGGUUCUCUCUUUCAGGAAGGACAGUGGGAUUUAAGAGGAAGCGAGAGGAAGAACCAGGGGCAGUCUCAGGGCCUUCCUGGAAUAGCCCCAUGCUGAGUAAAGCACAUUCUUUAGAAGGGACAGAUGAAUCUGGCGUUGAGGGUUUUGACUAUCCAGUAUCAACUCAGCACCAAAGCCAGGUUCUUUCCAGCCUUCAUUCAAAAGAUGAAAGCUUUCCUUGCAGCCCAACACGCAGGAUGAAACUCAUGGACUUUAAAUCUCCAUCCAGUAAAAGGAAACUAUCCCCUCGCCCUUCAUCAGUCAUCUCAAGUUCUCCCUCCACUUCCACUCGAUCUUCUUCUCCGUCCCGUCGGCUCCUUCGCUCCAGCCCGGGAGCUGCACUCGCCCUACGUAGACUCCUGCCCAAAAUCGACCUCACUACCAAGAGGAAAAGGAAGUGCUCCUCUUAUCAUCGGAUAUACAGGGCAAAAUCUGAUUUUUCCUCAGCUCAGUCUCAGGUGACUCAUGCAACACCUGUGAAGAUAAAGCAGGAGUCAGCGGAGGACGAAGUGCGUGGUGCUGUACCACAAGAUGAAGUACACAGUCCUCGUGCUCAGGAGAAAUAUCGGCUCCUGAGCUUUCUAGGCUUGCAAAGAAAGUCUCUAGUUCCUGGCCCAGAGGAGAUGUCAGGCUGGGGGCAAAAGAAACGUCUUAGAAAGUUAAAAGUUAGCGACUACUCAUUAACAACCCGACGCAAACCCCGUGCACAAGGAAUAGGGGGCUAUGCAUCUGGUCUAGGAGAAUUUGUGGGAGUCAGCUCCUCUUUGUCUCUCUGUGACAUGACCAGAAUGGAUCUUCUGAAGAAAGUAAUAAAGUCAGAGCCCCAAGAAGCUCCUCUGGAUAGGAGGAUGAAGAGAAAGAGGGAUGCAAUUGGACAGAUGGAGCCUUUGAGUAUUAGAACUACUCGUAGCCAGUCAUCAUUGCAGGCAGAUUCUAAAGCAUCUCCUAGCGAUCGUCCACUGAGAAGACAAGCUGGCGAACCAAGCAAACCACUAGGUCGACCUCCAGCCAGAGAUAAAGGCACAGUACAAGGAGCCCACGCUGCUCAAAAGAAAGCUACACUAGGGAAAGUAACCCCAAAACGCGAACCAACCAAAUCUGUCAUCACGAGUCAGCCAGCUGUGACUCCUACCAAAACCAAAUCAAAACCUGUCGGGAAAAAGGGUCCACCAGUUGAACGCCAGUUAAGAAUUACUGCCACAAAGUCAAAGCGCACCUUGCGAUAUGAUAUUGCACCAGCUACAACAAAGAAAUGCAAAAGUACGAGACUGAACAAGCCAGUCAAAGAAAAUACUAAGCAUAGCUGUAACCGUCCGUCAGCCAAAUUAGAACCUCAGCAAACUAAAGUAGGUAGAAGAGAUCAGGUCCAUCAGGACAAGAAGAACUUGGCACGUGGAGUAAAGAGAAUGGAAGAAAAAGCUAAAGUUCUUCAGGGUGCAAGAAGUUGGAGUCUUUCUUCUACCAAUCACCAGCACUACCACAACAAUCCUCUGUAUAAAACCAUCAAAGAAGAGCCAGCAGAUCCUCUACCCCUGACACAGCCCUUCCCGACCACAGAUGUUUCUGAUCUGGGUAAACGUCAGAGCAAACCUCCCGUCAAACUUUUGGACCAGGGCUUUCUCUUUGGACUUUGCCGUCCUCCGGGUGGAAUCAAGAGAGAAGAUGAGAGCGUGGAUAUUUGUUUGACUCGCUCUUUCUCCCACAGCAGUGCUGCAUCUCCUAGCAAUACGUCGCCUGACCGACGGGACAGAAUAGCGGCUAGACUUAUGCCAGACCGGACUGGUCUAAAUGGCCCUCACUGGGCUGGGCUUGGCAGCAGGUCGCCUCCUUUUUCUCAGAGGACUCUGGUACGAGUGAAGAAGGAGGAAGAAGAAGGCACAAGGGUGUCCCAGCGGUCUAAAGUUCAACAGAAGUCCAACAAAAGUUCCACACAGCACAAAGUCAGCAAAAAGAACUGCAAAGUUAAGAGAGAGCCACCAAAGACAAAGAAUGUGAAGAAAUUGUAUCCCAAGAGCAGCCGACGCACCGUUAUUUUGGAAUCUAUCCGCCGGGUUCGCCUCAAGCAGAUGAAGGGUGCCCGGUCUAGUGGAGUUCACUCGUGUCUGCAGUGUAGAGCAUCUUACAGGGACUGUGAUUCCCUCCUCAUGCACCGUAUGAGGCACAUUGAAGGCAAACACUGGCCAUGUCCGCUGUGCAGCAAGACAUUCUUCCGGCAGAAAAAUGUGAGGAGUCACAUAAGAACACACAAUCCAUCCCUCUACAAAUGCCGCCAGUGUAUUUCUGCCUCGUAAGGAGGAGGACACAGAGCAGUGUGACGUAGCAGCGAGGAAGGAGGCUGUUUUCUUGAAAUAUCACAACUGUAAAUACCAAGAAUCUGUCAUGAGAAUGAGGUUCAGUUUGUAGAUGUAAUUAUGGUUAUUGGUAUUGUGUGAAUUUUCCGUACAGUAAUCGUAAUUGUUAUUUAAAUUACCAAACAAAAGAUGUGUUUCAGUUGCUACAGAUGGGGACUUGAAUCAGUCAUGUUUCUCUCAGGGGUGGAGCCUGAUGGUCAUGGUGAUAUUUGUAAAUGAGGAUUGUGUAGAAUGCUUUAAAAUUAUUACUACUAUUGUAAUUACUGCAAUUAUUAUAUUAUUAUUAUUACAAUUUAUUUUUUAUAAAUAGCGUAAUCUUGAGUGCACUUAAAACGGUAGCUUUGUUUUUAAAAACCUAAGAAUACUUGUUGAGUGAUCAGGUGAGAUGGACUGGGACGUACUUGAACGACUGCUGAGGUGGAGCUUAUGAUCCACCUUUAACUCGUGGUGAUUUGAUGAUAAUGUAUUAGAAAAUAGACCAAGGCAGAUGUUAGUGGCACUGAAUCGUUUUCUGAGUAAAGAGGGAUGGUUAGGAGAAGCUGACCAGGAAAUUGCUGAUUAAGGGUUAAAAUGCCAUGCUUUGAACAUAAUCUCUGCUGAUUGGAGGCAGGUCUCUUAAGAUGCAUCUUUCCGUGUCAUCAUUCAGACUUUUAAGUAGUUACUGUCUCUGUUUUAAAAUAAGGGAAUCUCUGCAAGGCUGAAUGUGACUUUUCAACACGACAAGUUUUCCGUAAAUUUACUGUUUUUGGAAUUUCUUUUUAAGGUUGUCAGAAACCGUUUUUAUAGUAAUCAGAAACGUCCUUUUCAGAUUCAGCUUUUUUAGACUUGAAACUUCCACAGGGAUGUGAUGGAGUGAAGUUAUUUGAAGUUUUAAAUGUGAUUUUAAGUCUCAAACCACAAAUGAAUUCAAACUGUAAAAAGACCAAUAUCAAUAUGAAUAAAUUUUACAUUUUA